CACCGGGAACCUGACGUGGGACCCGAUCCCGGGUCUCCAGGAUCGCGCCCUGGGCCAAAGGCAGGCGCCAAACCGCUGCGCCACCCAGGGAGCCCACAAGAACCUCUCGGAGAACCUUGUCCGAGGUCUGAGGAUACCCUGUUCGUGUCCUCAGCUGCUCAGCUUGGGCGAGUCUAACGAAGGCAUCCUUUGUGCUUUAGCAGCCUGCAGCCAAGGAGGCACCUUGUGCUCAUACACUCUUGGGAGUCCCUGAGGACAAAGGUGCAUUUGGUCUCCGGUGCCUGCUACUUAGUGGUUUUUGGAAGGAGGAAGGAAUGAGUGACAUUCACAGGGUUUAACCAGCCAAAUUUAGAUGGAAGCAAAUGAGGGAACACAUUUUUUUGGGGGAUGGGGAGAAGUACUUUUUAUAUUUGAAGCAUUUUAAAGACAGAUGCUGGUAUACAGUAUUAGGCAAAAUAAAGUCAGAGGAAGUAAUAUUCGAGAAGUUUAACCUCUCAGGGGCCAGGGCUGAUGUUCUCUGAUGUAAGAAGACUCAGAGGGCUUGGGGUGGAGUCUGGACUGUGCUUUUCACUGCUCUGUGACCUUGGGAAGUCGCUUUACCUCUGAGCCUCAUUCCUCAUCUACGAAGAAUGGAUUAUGGCCCUUCUUCCUCACAGGAGUAUGGAGAAGAUGAAAUAAUGUGUGUGAGGCUGCCUCCGUGGGGCCACAGCAGUCGUGAUCACUGUCAGUGUCUUCCUUCCUGGUCUUUACCCACCUCGCGGGAUUGUCGGGGUAAUGACUUGCCUGGGCAGCAGUACUGCCCUCGUUCUCAGGCCAUCUCAAAUCCCCUGCAGCUCGUUCAUCCCAGCUUGACCACAACGUUACGGAGUUUUAUAGGACGGAUUCUUGAGAAACCCAGGCUCGUAAAGAGAAAGACCCAGGUUUGACGGUGGAGGAAGGAUUGGACAGGUUGCUGGGGAAAGUGAGUGAUCCAUUUAACCAAAGAGAUGUCGGCUUAUUUAUAAGAAUUACUUGAUCCAGAGUCAUGGUGGAUGUAGGAAAGUGGCCAAUCUUCACUCUGCUCUCACCUCAAGAAAUUGCAUCUAUUCGGAAAGCAUGUGUCUUUGGCACCUCAGCCAAUGAAGCCUUGUACGUUACUGACAAUGAUGAGGUCUUUGUAUUUGGACUGAACUAUAGUAACUGUCUAGGAACUGGAGAUAAUCAGAGUACACUUGUACCCAAAAAGCUAGAAGCCUUAUGUGGAAAGAAGAUUAAAAGCCUUAGUUAUGGGAGUGGACCACAUGUCCUUCUCAGCACCGAAGAUGGAGUCGUUUAUGCCUGGGGCCACAAUGGAUAUAGCCAGCUUGGGAAUGGGACCACCAACCAAGGCAUUGCUCCCAUCCAAGUCUGUACCAAUCUCUUGAUCAAGCAAGUGGUUGAAGUAGCUUGUGGCUCACAUCAUUCAAUGGCUCUGGCAGCUGAUGGAGAGGUAUUUGCUUGGGGCUAUAACAACUGUGGCCAGGUGGGAUCAGGAUCUACAACGAAUCAACCAACUCCUCGAAAAGUCACAAACUGUUUACAUAUUAAGAGGGUGGUUGGCAUUGCUUGUGGUCAGACCUCAUCCAUGGCUGUUCUGGACAAUGGUGAGGUCUAUGGCUGGGGUUACAAUGGCAAUGGUCAGCUAGGCUUGGGAAACAAUGGCAAUCAGCUGACCCCUGUGAGAGUGGCAGCUUUGCACAGCGUGUGUGUGAACCAGAUUGUCUGCGGCUAUGCACACACUCUAGCACUAACAGAUGAGGGCUUGCUCUAUGCCUGGGGAGCUAACACGUAUGGGCAGCUGGGAACUGGCAAUAAAAAUAACCUGCUAAGCCCGGCACACAUCAUGGUGGAGAAAGAAAGGGUGGUAGAGAUCGCGGCCUGCCACUCGGCGCACACGUCGGCGGCCAAGACCCAGGGCGGGCACGUGUACAUGUGGGGCCAGUGCCGGGGCCAGUCGGUGGUCCUGCCUCACCUCACCCACUUCUCCUGCACCGACGACGUGUUCGCCUGCUUCGCCACGCCUGCCGUCUCGUGGCGCCUCCUGUCUGUAGAACAUGAAGACUUUUUAACAGUUGCUGAAUCACUGAAGAAAGAAUUUGAUAGUCCAGAAACUGCUGAUCUGAAGUUUCGAAUUGAUGGGAAAUAUAUCCAUGUGCAUAAAGCUGUUUUGAAAAUCAGGUGUGAGCACUUUCGAUCCAUGUUCCAGUCUUACUGGAACGAGGAUAUGAAGGAGGUGAUAGAAAUAGACCAGUUUUCUUACCCAGUGUACCGUGCCUUUCUCCAGUACCUCUACACAGACACAGUGGACCUGCCGCCCGAGGAUGCUAUAGGUCUUUUGGACUUGGCCACGUCUUACUGUGAAAACCGACUGAGAAAGCUUUGUCAGCACAUUAUCAAGCGCGGAAUUACUGUGGAGAAUGCGUUUUCACUGUUCUCUGCUGCAGUCAGAUACGAUGCAGAGGACUUAGAAGAAUUCUGCUUUAAGUUUUGCAUCAAUCAUUUGACAGAAGUGACACAGACUGCGGCAUUUUGGCAAAUGGAUGGCCCCCUGCUGAAGGAAUUCAUUGCUAAAGCCAGUAAAUGUGGAGCCUUCAAGAACUGAAGCCCACGGCCCUGGGUGCUGUGAGUGCUCUGGGGCGCGGGCGCCGGGCGUGCUGUGCGCUGUGCGGGGCAUGUGAUUUUGCAGGUGGAGCCCCAUCCGGUGGGUUUUUAUUCCACAUCUGAGACACAGCGCCCCGCGUACGGAUAUGGGAAGGAUGUACAGCGUUUCCCGAACCCACUUUGAACGACUCUUAUUUCCAGACACGUGUAUCUCCAACGUGACCUUGAUUUGGCUGGAACAUUGUAAAGGGGGGAGCUUAGCUGCUGGUAUUUUGCGUGUUGUUUUUGAUGAGAGGACCCUCUGAACUUGGGAAGGGGGAUCUGAGGCGAUUCCCCGGGUUCACACACUGACAGCCCUUGGACACCGGGAAGGGGGAUCGUUUGUGGGUUGUGAGAUAGUCCCAGAGGCCCCACCCUGAGCCAGGGAUGCUGACCUUGGCACGCGCUGAAAUGCUGCGUUAGUUGCUAGUUCAAUGGCCAUACUGUGAAGGGUGAAGGUGUAGUGGAGGGAGUUUGGGGCUUCUGUGAAGGUGUAGUUAGGGUAGUGUGCAGUGUUUGCACCACUGGGGACCUUUUUUGACUUCAUGAUUGUAUCAAAGUAAUACUCAGUGUAACAGGAGCCCAACGUGUCGAGAUGAUGAACGUGUAGAGAUGAACUUCUCGGUCGGCCGAGAUCUCUCGGGAGCCUGGACUACCUGUGAAAAGUUGAUAAUGAAGGAGCUUUGGACAAAGGUCAAUAUUUUAUGGAUUAAAAUCUCCACUACUGUCCAACAGUGUUUUGUUUUAUUAGGACAGAGUCUGAGAACUGAAGUUUAAAUUACCCCCCCCCCCCCGUUUUCCCUUGAAAGGCUCAUCAUGGGAGGAGAGUCGUGACAUGCUCAGUAUAGCCUUGCCUUCCUAAAUUACGGCUGCUGGGUCGUCAGAUCUACUGCAUCCCACUCAGAGAAGCGGUUCUUAAAACCACCUUUCCGGCAGGCCUUGGAAUGCAUUUUAGCCCUCUUAUCUAGGCCAAGUAUCACAAAUUUGCCUAUCUGUAACCUCAGCAGCUUUCCUUUUAAAUCUCCUCACCUUUUAAUUGUGUCACGUAUAAUAUUUCGCACAGUUUAACUUUGAAAAAGGAUCAGAAUUAUGGUUUCCCUGAAAGAUCCUAUUUAAAAGGAUCUGUUCAGUUUGGUCUGUAUUUUUUGUUUUGUUUUUGUUUUUGUUUGGUCUGAUUAUGAAACGUGACUUUGGGAGGAAGAGUGUUCAGCUCUGGGUUCUAUCACGUGUGUCCGUUGAGCCCCCGGUAAGAACAGAGCUUUGUUCUGCUCUCUGGCCCACGGACUCAUUUCCAUUUGUGAGCUCUUUCCUGCUUGGAAGUUCCUUCCUCUGAACUUGGAGCCUAAGUACCUUUUCGGAGCCAAAUUAACCAGAGGGUGAAGAAGAUACGCUGCAGCUGCUAUUUUUAGCAGUGUUUCUAGGUGUGUCUAGGGGGUUGAGUGGGAGCAAGGGCCCCAAACAUGGUUCAUUGAUAAGAUGAUUAUAAACCUGGCGAUCCCAGUUCCCUCUUCUUGACCAUGUCACAAGUGAUCGAAGCCCAAUUAUUACGUUAGACUUACUUCUGCAACACGAUAGAACUUUUCUUACUAGGUUGAUAAAUGCACAUUAAUCUGAUUAUUAGCUAUGAUGGGUAGUGUUUGUAACACUGUUCCGUAGGCUUAUGAUCUGGACAACCAAGAACUUCAGUAUGUUUACUGUUACUCUUACUUGAAAAAGAAAACUUAAAAAAAAAGCACAAAGUAAAGCAGUAGAUCCAUUUCCACAGAUUGUUCAUUCAACAGAUAUUUACUGAGGUUCCUCAUAUACGUGAAGAGCCACUUUUCACAGUAGAUUACUGAGUAAUUUGUAUUAAUAUGUGCGUAGUGAAGAAAACGGGAGUAAGUCCUUUGAAAAGUACUUGAGUAUCCUUUUUUUUUUUAAAUACACUCUUAUUUUUCUACUUGGUUUUAUUGUUAAUCAUAGCAGGAAAGGAAAACUGUUCUUUGAAUUUUUUUUUCAUCUGAUGUAAUAAAGAAAGCCAAAGUAUUCAUAUUUCUUAAGCUAGCCCUAAAUGUACUCUUGAACUUUUACUGGAACAAUGUUUGAUACUCUGGUGUAUAGACUGUAUUUAUGUAACGUUUAGAAUGACAUAUUAAUAAAUAAUCUAGUAAGACGUG